AUGUCAUCAGAAGUAUCAGAACAUGAAAUAAAGACCGAGGUAGUAUAUCAACCUAUUGUUGACGAUAUCUCAGAGGAUGUACCCAUGGAGGAAUGGUCAUCACUUAUUAUGGAGGUUCCUGAGGAGAACCCCAAGCGACUUUUAUAUGAACAAGGCCUGUACAGUCCAAGCAGUGGUGAAAUAUGCACCAAAUAUAUAGCAAUGUCUGCAAGUUCUGUUCUGAGGCAUCCUUACUUCAACUAUCCUGCUGUUCUAGACCCGGGUAUCAAGAAAGCUUUACUUGAUCCAGAAGAAAAAGUAUCAUAUCCUGAUGAUGGCCAGGAAUUAUACAUGUCAGUCUGUAAAGAAAUGAAUCGCUGCCCUGUAAGAACAUUUUUUAAAGGCUUACUCAAAGAUUCCAUAGACUUAAGAUAUUAUUGCGUGGAUCCAUUUGGAGUACGUGCAAUGGCUUUAGCCCUGCAGUAUAAUAAGAAUGUUAAAAUAUUAAAUCUAACUGACAACUUCUUGAACGAUGACGCGUGCUUUCAUUUAGGUGAAAUGCUUAUAAGCAAUUCUACUUUAACGGAAUUAAACCUCACGGGAUGUAGACUUGGACAUACAGGUGUAAAGCAAUUAUGUGCUGGAUUACACUUUAAUAGAGGGCUACAAGUAUUAAAUCUUAACAAAAAUCAAAUAGGUGAUAUGGGCUUAGAACAUUUAUCAGCAGCAAUUUUUCGCGGCUUUAAUGUGAAAGAAAUAUCCCUAAGCUACAACAGUAUUACUGGUAAAUCUGCAAACGUAUUAGCGGAAGCUUUAGAAACAUACAAUAAGUUAACCUGUGUAGAUCUCUCUUGGAAUAAUCUUUUUACUCCAAUUGAAGGAACGCUUAAUCUUUUUUCUCGACUUGCGGAAAGUAAAUUUUUGCAAGAGUUAAAUGUAUCUUGGAAUUCCCUCUCAAGUGGAAGAAUCGGAAGAGCCUUAAAGGCGGUUUCAAAAUGUCCAAAUCUUCGUAUCUUAAAUCUUAGCAAUAACAAACUCACAGCGGAGGCUGUACGAAAUUUGACAGGAAAUUUAGAAAAGGCAAAAAAGUUGGUAACACUAAAUCUAUCAUACAAUCCACUUACUCCAGAUGAUGUUUUAAAAGUACUUAAUAAAAUAAAAUUAAGCAGUGUAAAAAUUCAGAAUCUCUUAAUGGAGAAUGUGUUUAUUGAUGGCGCUUGCCUAAUAGUACUCAAACAGAUUAAAGAAAUGAAAGAAAAAAAGAAUGUUAAUAUUACUUAUGGUGGUAUAAUUGGUGGUUUCCAAACAUCAGAACCAGAUAUGAGAGAAAUAGUGCUAAAUAGAGCUGAGUUCUUAACAAAUAAAAAUAAAAAGAAAAAAGUUGAUAUAGCUUUAGUAGCUAUGCAAUUGUUAAAGGAAAAUAUUGAUAUAUUGCCCGCGAAAGAUUUUGGAAUUGCUUUGAUUCAAGCGGGUGCUGUUCUCGACGCUGAUCUCGUAGAUGAAAUUGUAAAUGCAUUUUCGGUAUCGAAAAAUCCUAAAGCAAAAAUGAUUAGUAUCAGCUUACUAGUUGAUUAUAUUCGUCGCAAAUGGCCAGAUCGCAAACUUCCUCCAACCCCUCCCCCAGAGCCUGAACCCGAGCCUAUUCGACCUCCAUCUAAUAAAAAAAGAAAAGACAAAAAGAAAAAAUAG